AUGUCGUUUUCAUGUUCAAGCGCAAUUAUUGAAUUAGAUGAUGAAUUGUCAUCAUCAUCAUUGGAUAAUGAUUCUAUCAAACUGUCUCGAUCGACAUUUCAACGAAAUACUAUCUUCACUUCAUUAUCAACGAUUUCAAGUCCAAUACUUGUCAAGAAAUCAUCAUCUAAUUCAAACAAACGUUAUUCAUCGAAAUUUAAAAGGACUGAUGAUUCAACAAAAGCCUUAUGUAUCGUUUGCAACGGGAAGUUUUCUAUUCAAAACAGCGGAUUAGGUGAUAUUCAUCGUCAUACUGAAACAAAUAAACACAAACAAAGUACAAAAGCUUCUGAAGCUAAUCGAACAAAAUCACUUGAUGCAACAUUUGGUAUAACAACAACAGAAUUUAAUCGUUUGACUGCUGUUGAAGGAGCUAUGUUCUUUCAUUCGGUUAAACAUUCUCACAGCUACGUUUCUCAAGGUUGCACAAUGGAUAUGAUCAAACAUUGUUUUUCUGAUUCUCACGUUGGAAAGAACAUUAGUUGCAGCAGGACAAAAGCUCGUGAGAUAGCCUGUAACGUACUUGUCCCAUCAUUAACAGAUGAAAUUGUUCGUGAACUACGAGAUGUUUCUUCUUUUUCCAUUUGCUAUGAUGCUUCGAACAAGGGAAAUGCCAAGAUGCUUCCAAUUGCUGUACAGUUCUUCUCGAGAUUUGGCAUUCGACGUGGUAUACUGGAUUUUAUUGAACAAAGUGAGGAAUCAGUCNGUUAG